AUGAUUCAGUUUCCUUCACAUUGGCUUCUCAAUUUUCUCCUGCUGUUGCUGCUGCUCCUCCUGCACAACUCUGUCGCCUCCUCCAAGCUUCUCGUCCAUUCCCCAUUGAACAAUGUGACGUACCGUCCUUUCGUCUUCUUCCUGCUCCUCCUCGAAGUUGAUCAACCCGAUCAAGACAGGCGGUAUGAGCUGAAAGUGUCAGUGGUCAACGGAGACGAAGUCAUCUAUGACGACUUCUUCCUCCUCUCGUCGCAGUGGCCGCAGCUCCGACGUCCCCUCAAGAUGUCCGCCACCGGCCCCCACACGCUGCACGUCUUGCUCAAGGACGUGGGAGGAGGAGGAGAAGUGGAGCAGGAGCCCGAGAUCGUCCUGCCGACCGAGUUUGUCCAGCACCAGCAGAGAAGUUUCCCUUCACCUCCACCCGCGUUGUCGUCAUUGCGCCAACAUGGCUCGGCGGUAAAGAGCCAGAUGAGAAGUGGGCACGUGACAAUGAGAAGGACGGGAGAGACGGGAGCCGAUAAGAGCACAAUGGUCGAGAACAGCGAUGGACGGCUCAACUCAGAGCUCAUGAAGGAAAUGCAAGAACACUGGGACAUGAUAGUUACUUCAUGCCCGGAUUACGAUGAAUCUUACAGCUUCGAGCACAUGGUUCGCAUAGGCGAUGACGCGUACUUCAACGUCCAGCUCUUCCUCGACUCGACUUUCCCCUCCUCCCGCCUGUACAUGGGCAGGAUGAACUGGCCGUCGCCGCAUGAGCCACUGCUGUCAGCCAAGGACCUCUACGGGAUCCGCGAGUGGCCCGAGUAUGCCAUAGGAGCUGGUGCGAUCCACAUGAGUUUGCCGGGGGGGAGGCUCAGGUGGGGAGAUGCAGGGUACGUGUUGAGCCAUGACGUGGUCCGGCUGGUUGCUCAGCUGGAAGCGUCCGGGAUACCUCUGCGAAAGACGGCUCCGGAAGACGUCAUCUUUGCAAUCUGGCUGAUGCCAUUCGAGAUCCCUCGACUUCACACUGAGCAUAUCUUCAACCAUCCUGAUGUGGUGGCGGCGUCAGACCCCAACCGAGGCUUUUGCUCGGUAGAGUCUCUGAUUGUUCAUUACGUCAAUCGCACUCACUUCGAGGAGAUAAGACUGAGCGAUGGUGUGAUGCUUUGCCGACAAAACCAUGACAAGGUUGUCAGUUUCUCCUUUGCUGGAGAUGAGCUGGAAGCUGCGCCGAGCGAUCUCGGAACCAUAUCAGCGGGAGAGUCUCGUGCGUUGAGGAUCGUCCCAGACAACAUCUCGAUCAAAAUGCCCACGACUCUACUGGUCCAUGUCAUCCCAGCUGGACAAGCUGACUAUGUCGUAGCUCACGCAAAAAUGCCUGAGUAA